UGUCUGUGGUUCUGUUGUUUCGAGGAGAGGACUAUCUAUGAAGUAUCUACAUCAUCUACGCCUGUCAAAAGGUUUACUACAGAGUAUUACCCAAACGAACUGUCUGUGACCAGUGAGGGACGGGUUGUGGUGGGUACAGGGAGAAGACAGGGGUACAAGGUAGUGAUGCACACAGCAGAUGGUCAGGUGUUGCACACAGUCACUAUAGAUAGGUCAGGUGCGGGUUCGGUACAAUCGAUCACACAUUGUCCUGUUACAGGUAACAUAGCUGUAAUGAGUUGUAAACUAAUCAGUGAAGACGGCAGUGAUCCAGACAACUACAGGCGUCACGUCAUUGUGUAUAAUCCAACACUCCAGCCUCUGGUCCACUACCGUGGGGAGGGGAUACAGGCACGGGAGGCGGUCACACCUGACAAGUUUCAUCCGAUCACAGUGGUAUACGACAGUAAGGGUAAUAUUGUUAUUCCUGACUGGAACAGGAAAACAAUAGAACUAAUAACUGGAGAUGGGAAGUACAUAAAAACACUCCACACAAACAAAGGACAACAAGGAGCAGUAGGUAUACAGAGGGAUGAUGUGUUGUGGUCCCACUUAGUAUUAUAUACUGGAGAGACGGGAUUCAAACUCCUCAAGUAUUAUAGUGACUGA